AACACAGUUUUUACUACCCAAAAAAAAAAAAAAAAGCUCUCAGAAGCAAACGAUUCUGAAACGUAAAAGAAGAAAAUGGCUUGGUCUGCUGAUAAUGCCACAAAAGCCUAUCUCUGCACCCUCAAGAUGGCAAAAAGAGGUAAAGAGCCUGAUAUGGCUGAAUUCAUAUCCGCCCUCGCCGCCGGCAACAAUGCUCAGCUCAUGGUGAUGAUAUGCGCUAGCGUCGCCAGAUCCACCACUCUAGCACUAGUAGCAGCCGCCCAUCAGACACGUGGCCGCGUUGUAUGCAUUUUAAGAGGCCUCGACGAAUUGCAUCCCUUGAACAAAGCUCUAGGCCCCUAUGCAAACUGUGUCGAAUUUGUUGUAGGGGAUGCACGCACCUUGUUGUUAGAUGAUCAGUAUAAAGGGGCGGAUUUUGUGCUUAUUGAUUGUCAUAUCAGUGAGCACAGGGGAGUAUUCUUAGCAGCAAAAAAGAAUGCAAAGCAUGAUGGGGCACUUCUUGUAGGGUACAAUGCCCUCCACAAGGGAUCAUGGUGGAGUGAACUGAAGACACAUUUCUUGCCCAUCGGAGAGGGGCUUCUGGUGACAAGAAUAGCUGCAACAAAUGUGGUUAGCGGUGGCCCGAAAAGAAGCCGUUGGGUGGUUAAAGUAGAUAAGUGCACCGGUGAGGAGCAUGUCUUCAGGAUCACUUCCCCACAAAGGAGACAGAUUGAGGCUUAAGGAAUAGGAAAUUAAUAGAUAGAACAUUUUUCUUUAUUGACAUCUGAGAAGGAAGCUGAAGUUUUUUGGGCUUUCCUGUCUUCAUAACUAGCUUGUUUAGUAGCUUGGUAACAAUGUAGAUAUAAUAACUAGAAUGUUCUAUCUGCA